AGGUAGCUUACCCCUGAUCUCAUCAGUCAGGCUUGCGUUUGAUUUGUUUAUAAGCAUAACCCUUCAAGAUGAGUGCUUCAAACUCCAGCGACCGCAUUCAGAAAUUCAAAAACCGUGGAAAGAGCCAGGAGGAACUCCGUCGGAAGAGGUUAGAGAUGAACAUUGAGCUAAGGAAGGCCAAAAAGGAUGAUCAGCUCUCCAAGAAGCGGAAUCUCAAGAUCAGUGAAUUUGGCUCCUCUACAGAUGAGAAGUCUGCAGCUCUUGAAAUGACCUUGGAGGAGAUCAUGGAGGCAAUCAAAUCUGGAAUUCCUGAACAGGAGUUGAUGGCAAUGACCCAAGCACGUAAAAUGCUGUCUCGGGAAAAGAACCCACCAAUUGACAAAUUGGUUGAAGCAGGACUUGUCCCUUAUUGUGUUGGAUUCCUUGGAAGAUUCAGCAGCCCACCCCUUCAGUUUGAAGCAGCCUGGGCUUUGACCAACAUUGCAUCAGGAACUUCUGAGCAGACAAAAAUGGUGGUUGAGGCUGGAGCUACCAUCCCCAUGAUCAAGCUGUUGGGUUCCCCACAGCCACAUGUAGCUGAGCAGGCCAUCUGGGCAUUAGGAAACAUUGCAGGAGAUGGCCCCCUAUUCCGUGACCUCAUCCUGCGGAGUGGGGUGGUUGCCCCCAUCCUACAAUUGGUCACCCCAGAGACUCCAGUCACCUUCUUGCGCAAUAUUACCUGGACGAUCUCCAACCUCUGCCGCAACAAGAAUCCAUCUCCUCCUUUUGAAUUUGUCUCGAAAUUCCUUCCAGUUCUGACCCGACUGAUACAUAACCCUGACCAGGAAGUCAUUACUGAUGCAACAUGGGCCCUGUCAUAUAUGACAGAUGGGAGCAAUGACAAGAUUGAGGAAGUAAUCAAGAGUGGAGUGGUUCCCCGCCUCAUCCAACUCCUUGCCAGUGACCAUAUGCACACUGUGAUUCCUGCCUUGCGAGCAGUGGGCAACAUUGUGACUGGUACUGAUGACCAAACACAAGAGGUGCUCAAGCAUGGGGCUCUUGGUGUAUUCCCUCGCCUUCUCUCCUUGCCCAAGAACAACAUUGUGAAAGAGGCCUGCUGGACCAUCUCUAACAUCACAGCUGGGACUGUUGAACAAAUCCAGGCUGUCAUCAAUGCAAAUCUCAUACCUUACCUCAUUAAUGUUCUUGAAAAGGGAGAGUCCCGCUGCCAAAAGGAAGCUGCCUGGGCUGUGACCAACAUCACUUCUGGUGGGUCAGUGGAGCAGGUGGUCAUCCUGUGUCAGUUUGGGGCCAUCCCAGCCAUGUGCAACCUGUUGACGUCCAAGGAUGCCCGCACAUUGAUGGUGAUCCUUGAUGGCAUCCACAAUGUCCUCAAUGCAGCCCAACGCCUAGGACCAGAUCAGGUGGAGCGUGUGGCCUUGCUCAUUGAACAGUGUGAGGGACUGGACAAGAUCGAGGCCCUGCAGAAUCAUGAAAAUGAGGAGGUCUACAAAAAAGUUUACAAGAUGCUGGAAACAUUCUUCAUUGAUGAGGAGGAGAAAGCUGAAGUGAAUGGUGAAGGAAUUGAUGCUCUCACUCCUCCUGCUGAUCAUUACUCCUUCUGAGACCUGAAUUGUCUCCGGUGUCAUUGAAAAUUAAACUUGUUUGGAUUUUUCACUUAAGCCUACUUUGUGUAUUUUAAAAAUAUACCCAUGUGUAGUUUAUCUGUUUGCAUGAUAAUAAAAAUAAUCUCUACUUGCUCAAAACAAAAUAUGAGCUUGAGUUCAUCUAUUUAUUUUUUUUAUGCAAGUGGUUUAUUGAGGUGAGCCAUGUUUAAUCUUGUCUGCUUGAUCUGAGGAUUUCAAAGUGCUAAUUGGGUGUUUGAGAGUGCUAAAUUUCAAAUAAAGAUUCUUUCAUAGAA